AUGAGCUGCCAAGAUGCAGCACCAGUGUGCAACGCGCUUUCAAAUGCGAACGCAGUCGAGUUUAACACCUACAGUGAUUUUGCCGGCUAUAUCUUUGACAGAAAAUGCCAAAACUGCAACGCCAAAUUCAUACAAAACAGCGGUGGCGUCAAUACACUGUUCCAGAGCUGGCUCAGUGGACAAGGUAAUCUCGAAGGCCUCCAUAACCAGAUGUCAGAAAUUGACAGUCACAGCAACGAUCAGUUCGCAGGUCAAGUGCAAACUGUCGAAAGGGGUACAGGCUACGACCAGAGUCACAUGAGCAUGCCAGAGAUGUUUGGUAGCAGGGAAUUUGGAGGCCGAGGUAGACAUCGAGCUUUGGACACGGAAAGGCAAAAAGACAGGUUUUACGAGAAUCUGUUCGCCUUCCUUGCAGUGUUGUGUCCCAGUCCCGAUCACAACAAGCCAGACACCACGCGUUUCGAUGUCGACCCACCCAAGGCCGUCUUGUCGAUGUUGAUUAACAGCAAGGUCCUCGAUAAAGCCGCGGAGCUACUCCGAAACGACAGUUUGGACGAUGCGACUAAGAGAAAGAACCUUUACAUGGCUUUCUUUGGCUUCCUCCGCAAUGUCGGAGUCCACAAACUAUCAAAACAGGCUGUCAUGUUCAAUGAGCGUAUUGUAUUCCCGGACAAUAUCAAUCUCCUGACGCUGUCUUUCAAAGGUCUUACAGAAAACUUGUCUGGCCAAAACGCCUCUGCACUCGCCGGGAAUCUUCGCAAUCUGAACAUCCAGAGCCAAGUCAUGCUAAGCGGUGCUCAGAGGUCACGGAAUGAGUUUCAGGAUGAGCAAAGUACGGACCUCUUGUGGCUUUGUCGCGAGAUAUCCGACCUUUCCCAGUACCUCGAGAUUGGGGAAGGCAAUGCAGGGCCGGUGGAUCAUGGUAUCGUCGAAGUGCCAGAUGAUCAGAUCUGGCCCUAUUUCCAUUUUGCGAGAGAAGCGCAGAUGACCACUCAAUCGCCAAGGGGUCGUGUCAAACGACUUAUCAUUGAAAUAACGACAUUGAAGACAGGACUGUCAUCUGGGAUAUAUGUCAAGCACGCCAUAUCCCGACUUGAUGUGAUGAAAAUUCUGAUUGCAGGCCCUGAAGGCACGCCAUAUGAGAACAGGCUUUUUGAGUUCGACCUUUGGUGUACAGCCGAGUUCCCUUACAAACCUCCACAAAUGUUCUUUCGAGGUACACAAGGCGGCCAACUCAUAUUAAAUCCGAAUCUCCACAAGGAUGGAAAGGUAUGUUUGUCCCUGCUUGGUACUUGGCCAGGCGAAAAAUGGUGUCCAGGCGAAUCGACCAUCCUCCAGGUCCUAAUCAGUAUCCAAGCUAUGAUCUUUGUUCCUGAUCCCCUCGACAACGUCCCAGCGGAUCACUCGAAGACAGGAGCUGAAGAUUUUUUCAGUAUCAAAUUUAUUAGUGGCUUGACAACGGAGUACGCAAUACUGAAUUGGGCCCGUGAUCCACCUGGCUUCUGGAAAGAUGUUGUAAACCUUCACUUUCACAAGCAUGCAGACACGAUUCUGCGUACAGUUGAGCGUUGGGCAGUUAGCGCUAGUCGUACCUGCACGCACUAUCCCAAUCAACAGCUCUCCUUCUUCUUGCCACGUGUGCGACAGCAUCCAGUGGAUUUCGCAACAAUACUACCACAACUACAGGUAACUCUCCAAGGAUACGGUGCAACGUACGUUCCGCAGAAGAUAGCCCCUUUGCAUAGCCAGCAGAACAUAGUCAGUGGCAGAACCGGACAUGGAUCACAGAUGCCGCCAUAUGCCCGAGGAGGCCGAUCCAAUGGUCCCAGUAGUAUGGGGGGUUAUGGAGGUCCUGGAUUUCAAUUAGGGCGCGGAUUCUGAUAGGUGGCGGGCCAUCCGAACACUGCAAUAGGGUUCGGCGAUGCGAAGUAUUCGUGGUGACAGGUGGUUGCAAUUCGUAGCACAUGCAGAUGUUGACAACAAGAAUGCAAG